CCUCAUACAGACGUACAGAGACGCUGGACUGUAGAUGAUGGAGCUCCAGCGUCCAGCAGCCCUGCUAACUGCUGUAAUACUGAUGGUCGUCUGCUCCACUGCAGAGAUGGCUGGGGUCAGACUGGUGGACGGCGAUGGCCAUUGCUCUGGGAUGCCACAGGUCCUUUAUGAGGGAAAUUGGAGUAUAGUGGACAGUGUGCUGUUUGACUACAGAAAUGCAAUGGUGGUGUGCAGAGAGCUGAACUGUGGGAAUGCAGUCAAUGUUACUUUUAGAGAGAAUGUUAGAAAAGAAGAUAUAAACGAUACUUUUCUUUCUAUCACAUGUGAAGGCAAAGAGUCAGCUUUUUCACAGUGCAAACAACGUGAUCAGGAUCCACUGGAUCGCAUCAAUAACAUCAUCCAUAGUACAGAUGCCAUUUGCUCAGACUCUGUGAGGCUCGUGGAUGGGGCUGGACUCUGCUCUGGGAGACUGGAGGUGAAGUCCCAUCAGUCCUGGACCUCAGUAUGUGAGACUGGCUUUGACCAGCAGGAUGCAGAGGUAGUCUGUAGGGAGCUGGGCUGUGGUACUCCACUGACUUUACAGGGGGCGCUCUUUGGAGAAGGGAAACACCCAUUUGGGACCAAAGACUUCCAGUGUAAAGGCACAGAGAACCGUCUCCUCACCUGUAGCACCUCAGAAAGAGAGGAACACACCUGUGCACUUGGCAAAGCUGUGGGACUCACCUGUUCAGAGCCUGAUGAUGUGAAACUGGUGGGUGGGAGCAGUCGCUGUGCUGGGACAGUGAAGGUGUUUCAUACUGGAGAGUGGAGAAGUGUGACAGCAGUUCAGUGGUCCAUAAAAGAGGCUGCUGUGGUGUGCAGACAGUUGGACUGUGGCUCUGCUGUUGUAGCUUCACGGAGGAGUUCUAGUGGACCAAGUCCAUGGAGUGUUCAGAUUGAGUGUGAAGGAUCUGAGUCGGCGCUGAGGGAAUGCAGGAGCUAUUAUAAUCAACAUGACUGGUACCGUGCUGAAGUAAUCUGUUCAGACUCUGUCAGGCUUGUAGACGGAGCUGGACUCUGUUCUGGGAGAGUGGAGGUGAAGCCCCAUCAGUCCUGGACCUCAGUAUGUGAGACUGGCUUUGACCAGCAGGAUGCAGAGGUAGUCUGUAGGGAGCUUGGCUGUGGGUCUCCACUGACUCUACAGGGGGCGCUAUUUGGGGAAGGGAAACACCCAUUUGGGACCAAAGAGUUUCAGUGUAGAGGCACAGAGGACCACCUCCUUAAGUGUAGCACCUCAGAAAGAGAGGAACACACCUGUGCACUUGGCAAAGCUGUGGGCCUCACCUGUUCAGACUCUGUGAGGCUUGUGGAUGGAGAUGGACUCUGCUCUGGGAGAUUGGAGGUGAAGACCCAUCAGUCCUGGACCUCAGUAUGUGAGACUGGCUUUGACCAGCAGGAUGCAGAGGUAGUCUGUAGGGAGCUGGGCUGUGGUACUCCACUGACUCUACAGGGGGCGCUCUUUGGAGAAGGGAAACACCCAUUUGGAACCAAAGACUUCCAGUGUAAUGGAACAGAGAACCGUCUCCUUAACUGUAGCACCUCAGACAGAGAGGAGCAGAACUGCACACGUGGCAAAGCUGUGGGACUCACCUGUCAAUAUGUGAAACUGGUGGACGGGAGCAGCCGCUGUGCUGGAACCGUGAUGCUUUAUGACAAGAAGUGGAGGACAGUGGAAGGAAAUGCAUGGUCAAUGAAAGAUGCUGCUGUUGUGUGCCGACAGCUGGACUGUGGCUCUGCAGUUGCAGUUACAAGUCAAUAUUUGGAGAUGGCCACAUACGAAGAUAAUGUCCAGAUUUUCUGCAGUGGAUCUGAAUCUGGACUGAAGGAAUGUGCAUUUUAUGAUGUUCCCUGGUCCUUAUCUUCUGCUGGAGUGAUCUGUUCAGGUCAGCAGGAGGCGACAACAGCUGCUGUCCAGAAAGAGAAGUAGAGCUGGUCUCCCUGCUGUCCAGGGCUGAAGAGCAGCAGGGUGUGGAGUGAGGAGUUGGAGAGGAGCUGAUCACGACCUGGGAGCAGGAGGAUAAGGAGCAGGACCUGAAGUAGCUUCAUAGUGAGACACUUGUGUCCAGAAGCUUUUGCUACUGUUAUUGUCUUCCCUUUCCUGCCCGAUAGCUAAAACAUCUUAAUGUGACAAUUUCAACCGUUUGUGUUUUUUUCAAUGAUGUUUGUUCUUUGAUUCAUCAGGUUUAUGACAUUUCAGUAAAAAUAAUCCUUGUUUAGAUGUUUUUGUGGAUGAUUUAGUCUGACUUACUCUCAUGGACGUAUAUUGUUUGAGAGGUAAUAACAAUACUGGUGAAUAUCUGGUCUGAAAUCUUUUACUCAUUCUGGUCUUUAGGGAAUUAUCAUCAUGAUCUCAAUGUAAGAAAAACACUUGAUUUUUAACUUUGUUGCUAAAUUGUACUGCUUUGCAUUUUAAAUAAAGCUUCUGGUGGUAAAAUA